ACAGGUUAUAAAUAGACGUGCUGGGGCCGCUUGUUUCUUUGAUCGAAGGAAAGAGCAGGGAGUGACAUGGCGUCGACGAGUCGUGGAGAAGCUUUGGCCUUACCCAGAGUUCAGUGUCCCAACCAUCCUGAUGCCAUACUGGUGGAGGACUACAGAGCAGGCGACAUGAUUUGUCCUGAAUGUGGCCUUGUCGUAGGUGACCGUGUAAUCGACGUGGGCUCAGAGUGGAGGACGUUCUCUAAUGAGAAAGCUCUCAAAGAUCCAUCCAGAGUGGGAGACGCCCAGAACCCACUGCUCAACGGAGGAGACCUAACCACCAUGAUCAGCAAGGGAACGGGCGCGGCCAGUUUUGAUGAAUUUGGCAACUCCAAGUAUCAGAACCGCAGGACCAUGAGCAGCUCUGACCGGGCCAUGCUGAACGCCUUCAAAGAGAUCAGCACCAUGGCAGACCGCAUCAACCUGCCCAGGAACAUCGUGGACAGAACAAACAACCUAUUCAAGCAGGUCUAUGAACAGAAGAGCCUGAAGGGGCGCGCCAACGACGCCAUCGCCUCCGCCUGUCUCUACAUCGCCUGCAGACAGGAGGGAGUACCCAGAACUUUCAAAGAGAUCUGCGCUGUCUCUAGGAUCUCAAAGAAAGAGAUCGGUAGAUGCUUCAAACUGAUCCUGAAGGCGCUGGAGACCAGCGUGGACCUCAUCACCACGGGCGACUUCAUGUCCCGCUUCUGCUCCAACCUGGGCUUGCCUAAACAGGUGCAAAUGGCCGCUACGUUCAUCGCCAGGAAGGCUGUGGAGCUGGACCUGGUGCCUGGCAGGAGUCCCAUCUCAGUGGCUGCUGCAGCCAUUUACAUGGCCUCCCAGGCCUCUGCUGAGAAGAAGACCCAGAAAGAAAUCGGAGACAUCGCGGGCGUCGCAGACGUCACAAUCAGACAGUCCUACCGACUCAUCUACCCCCGCGCAGCAGAACUUUUCCCCCCGGACUUUAAGUUCGACACACCUGUUGAUAAACUGCCUCAACUGUGAAGUGGUCUCUGCCUACUUAUUGCUGAAGGUUCUCUGCUGGAGGUUUUGUGUUGGUUUAGGGUUAAAACUAUUUCUUUGGUCGUGCUCACAAGCCUUUAUGGAGGCACUGACAUGAAUACAGCAGACACACAUUCCAGAGCUUAAAUAAACAGCGUACAGACUGUAUUUGCAGUAUUUCAUUUGACUGUAUAUACUGUACCAUGUAUAUAUGUCCAAGUGGGAAAAUGGACCUGACGCUUGCAACUCUAGGCUGUUUUCAUACUGUAUACACAAUUUGUUUUGUAGAAAAUUUGCCAGGUUCUAUUUUGUUUGAAUUGUUCCAACUAAUUUAAAAAUAAAUGAUUUUAAAUUAA